AUGGGAUGUUGCUUUAGUAAAGAAGACGAAGAGCCCGAUGAACAAACGCCACUUUUAGACGGAGGAAACACAUAUAAACCUACCAAGUUUCCACGUUACGACCGUUUUAAAGAAGAAGAAUUAUUACAAGGAAUCGUUCAGCGAACAGCCGAAAACCUUAUUGAUAUAUCAAACACACAUGCCACCGAGCGCCUACAACCGCCAGAUUUCAUAGAUCGCACUAAUGAUGUCAAAGAAAUUAUAAGUACGAUCAAGCUGGACUCGAAAGCACUUCAAAAGAUACAGGCAGAUAAUACCUUAACUAAAUUACAAAAUAGAACAUCAUCAUCUCAGCAGACACGGCCACCACAUCUUGUGUUGAAGGACGGGG